GCCGCGCGCGCCGAGGCGCUACGCAACAACAAAGCCAGGUCCUCUCGUCUCCGUCUCCUCGUCCCCUUCCCCUCCGCUCGCGCUCGCGCUCGCACUCCCACUCCCAUCCGAGGCCAGUGGCCUGCCCGCGGCGGCGAUGGGGAAGAAUCUGCGCAUCAAGACAACUCCCAGGGGCAACCGCGUCCCCCUCCUCAGCAACGGGGAGGCAUCGAGGGCGCUCUCCGACCUGGAGGAGGGCAGCAUCGUCCAGCCAGCGAACGUCGGGUUCUGCCGGGUCAUCAAGUUGGCCAAGCAUGACGCUGGGAAGCUGGUCCUUGCGACCAUGGCGCUGCUAGUCGCCUCCCUCAGUAACAUUCUCAUUCCGAAAUAUGGUGGCAAGAUAAUCGAUAUUGUGUCAAGAGAUGUUCGGCGCCCAGAAGAUCAGGCUCAAGCCCUGGAGGAUGUGAAGGGCACAAUUUUGUACAUUGUGAUAAUUGUUGUAGUCGGUUCAGUUUGCACGGCUCUUCGGGCAUGGUUAUUCAAUUCUGCUAGUGAGAGAGUAGUCGCUCGACUUAGGAAGGACUUGUUCAGUCAUCUCAUAAACCAGGAAAUAGCAUUUUUUGAUGUGACUAGGACAGGAGAACUCUUAAGCAGGCUUUCUGAAGAUACACAAAUAAUAAAGAAUGCUGCUACAACCAACUUAUCAGAGGCACUGCGCAAUAUCACUACUACAGCUAUUGGUCUUGGUUUUAUGUUUUCAACUUCAUGGAAGUUAACAUUGCUGGCACUUGUAAUUGUCCCGGUUAUAUCAGUUGCUGUGCGUAGCUUUGGACGUUUUCUUCGUGAGCUUUCACAUCAAACACAAGCUGCUGCUGCUGUAGCUUCAUCAAUAGCUGAGGAAUCCUUUGGCGCCAUUCGCACAGUAAGAUCCUUUGCUCAGGAACAUAAUGAGAUUUUACGUUAUGGUGGAAAAGUAGAGGAGACGCUAAAACUUGGUCUCAAGCAAGCUAAAGUUGUUGGCAUGUUUUCUGGAGGGCUUAAUGCAGCAUCAACCCUGUCAGUGGUUAUUGUUGUUAUUUAUGGAGCCAACUUAACCAUCAAUGGUUACAUGACAACUGGUUCUCUCACGUCAUUCAUCUUAUACAGCCUUACAGUUGGUUCGUCGGUCUCCGCCUUGUCAGGACUAUACACAACUGUAAUGAAAGCAUCUGGUGCAAGCCGUAGAGUUUUUCAACUUCUGGACCGUGUUUCCUCAAUGACAAACUCCGGGGACAAAUGUCCCAUAAAUGAAAAAGAUGGGGAAGUUGAGCUUGAUGAUGUGUGGUUUGCAUAUCCUUCUCGCCCUUCUCAUAUGAUUCUUAAGGGAAUAACAUUGAAGUUAGCUCCAGGUUCAAAGGUCGCGCUUGUUGGGCCAAGUGGUGGUGGUAAAACCACGAUAGCAAAUUUGAUUGAACGAUUUUAUGACCCUCUAAAAGGAAGGAUCUUGCUUAAUGGAGUGCCAUUGGUAGAAAUUUCACAUCAAUAUCUUCACAAAAAGGUAAGCAUAGUUAGUCAGGAGCCUACGCUCUUUAACUGCUCCAUUGAAGAGAAUAUUGCUUAUGGAUUAGAGGGCAAAGCUAGCUCUGCUGACAUUGAGAAUGCAGCUAAAAUGGCAAACGCACACAGCUUCAUAUGCAGCUUUCCGGACCAAUACAAGACCGUUGUUGGUGAGCGAGGGAUCAGGUUAUCCGGCGGGCAGAAGCAGAGGAUCGCCAUUGCGAGAGCUUUGCUUAUGAACCCGCGAGUUCUUCUCCUGGAUGAAGCUACCAGUGCCCUGGAUGCCGAAAGCGAAUAUCUUGUCCAGGAUGCAAUGGACUCCUUGAUGAAAGGGAGGACUGUUCUUGUGAUAGCUCACCGGCUCUCGACCGUCAAGAGCGCCAACACCGUCGCCGUCGUUUCCGAUGGCCAGAUCGUGGAAAGCGGUACACACGACGAGCUCCUCAGCCGCGACGGCAUCUAUACGGCCUUGGUGAAGAGGCAGCUGCAAGGGCCGAAGUUCGAAGCCACCAGCACCAUCCGCGCGACAGCCGAAAUAGAAGUAGCAGAGCUCAGUAGCAAUGGUCAAUAACAUUUGCACAUUUGAAUUUUAAAGUGAUCUCCGUACAGUUAGGCAAGCAAACAUUUCAUUCGACUACCACUGUAUUGUAUGUAACCCUGAUCCUGAUGUAUGCCACUUAAAACAACGCAAAAAAUAUCUUAAAUAUUA